UCAAAAUGGCGGUAUCCAUUGAGUUGUUUUGGACGCAGGCUUUUGCGAAGGCACGGAGUAGCGUUUACUAGAGAUGCUUUUACUGGAGCUACUGAUAAAAAAAAUUUUAUAUUCUUUGAAAACUGGAAAAAAUGAAAAAAGACGCCAGAUUUGAGCUUACUCGUCCGUUCAAACUCGCCCAUCAGACCUUGUGCAUCAAAGCAAUUAACUUUGAAAGGCAGUCACUGAUAGGUUAUGUGGAGCUGACAGUUCAUCCACUUCGCCCAGAUCUUAAGCAAGUAAAAAUAAACAGCAAGCAAUGCAGAAUUUAUCAGAUAGUUAUCAAUGAGCAGUGGGAAGCAAGCUUCCAGUACAAUGAUCCGACUCAGGAAAUUUGUCAGGGAGAUGCAAAACAACGAAAUCUGGACUAUUACCAAAGCAGUCAUCUAGCUGCUAUGACAGCAGUGGAUCCUGACAGUGGUAAUGGAGAAUUGACCAUUGACCUUCCUGUGGAGACUGGACCUCUUAUCAAUGAGCUUCGGCCAUUCCGGAUGGUGAUUGAAUUCUCUCUGGAGCAACCCAAGGGAGGUAUUCAUUUUGUCAUCCCUGACCUGGAGGGUAGCAUGGCUGAGAGAGGUGCACAUAUGUUCACCUGUGGGAAAGAAAAUUCAUCCAGAUUGUGGUUUCCCUGUGUGGACACCUACUCUGAACCAUGUACAUGGAAACUGGAGUUUACUGUUGACAACUCCAUGAUUGCUGUCUCAUGUGGAGACCUCAUUGACACUGUUCACACACCAGAUCUGCGCAGGAAGACCUAUCACUACUUUUUGUCAACUCCUACAUCAGCCCCUAAUAUUGCCUUAGCUGUUGGGCCAUUUGAAACUCUAGUUGACCCCAACAUGCAUGAAGUGACCCAUUUCUGCCUUCCACAUCUGAUGUCUGUCCUGAAGCAUACUACAAGUUACCUGCAUCAGUCUUUUGAAUUUUACGAGGAACUUAUGUCAAGUCGGUACCCGUAUGGCUGUUACAAGCAAGUUUUUGUUGAUGAAAGUUAUGUUGAUGGAGCUGCUUAUGCCACGAUGAGCAUCCUGAGCACAAACUUGUUACAUUCAGCUCGCAUUAUCGACCAGACCCUCAUAACCAGAAGGAUUAUGGCACGCUUGGUGGCUGAACAGUUCUUUGGUUGCUUCAUCUCUAUGCAGUCCUGGGCAGAUGCUUGGCUAACCAAAGGCAUUGCUGGCUACCUAUCCUGUCUUUUUCAGAAGAAGACAUUUGGAAAUAAUGAAUACAGAUACAUGAUAGCUCAGAUACUUAAGGAAGUCAGUGACUAUGAGCAGCAGGUGGGAGGUAUUUUGCUGAGCCCAUCAAAGCGAGACUCCAACUUGCACUUCUCUGUGAAAAUGGCACAUACUGUCUCUCCACGCUAUGCUGAUAUCAUGGAAAAAAAGGCAAUGCUUGUGAUACGAAUGCUGGAACUGCGCAUUGGUACAGAACUUCUCCUUCAGGUACUAAACAAGCUUCUUGCACUGAGCUCUGCAGCAAGUCAACAGAAGCUCUUGUCAGGAACCUGGUCCAACAUGUUGAUCUCAACCAGCUCUUUUCUUAAGAUUAUCUACACAGUGACUGGCAAGGACGUACAGCCAUUUGUAGAGCAGUGGGUACAUCAGAGUGGAUGUGCUCGAUUUUCUGGCAAUUUUGUUUUCAAUCGCAAACGCAAUGUUGUAGAGCUGGAAAUUAAACAAGACAUGACAUGCAGAGGUGGUUUGAAGUAUGUGGGCCCACUGACUGUCACCAUUCAAGAACUGGAUGGCUCUUUUAACCAUACUUUCAAGAUUGAAGAGAAUAAAACCAAGUUUGAGAUCACAUGCCAUUCCAAAAGUCGCAGGAACAAAAAAAAGAAAAUUCCUUUGAUGACAGGAGAGGAAGUGGACAUGGAUCUUUCUGCCAUGGAUGCAGAUUCUCCUGUCCUGUGGUUGAGAGUCGACCCUGACAUGCAGUUGCUACGUCAGGUGAUGUGGGAGCAGCCGGACUACAUGUGGCAGUAUCAGCUUAAGUUUGAAAGAGAUGUUGUAGCACAGAGAGAGGCUAUUUUUGCCUUGGAGAAGUAUCCAACCCCAAACACUCGGUUAGCCUUGACAGAUACCAUAGAGAAUGAACAUUGCUAUUACAAAGUGCGCACUCAGGCGUGUACCUGUUUAGCCAAGGUUGCCAAUGCCAUGGUGUCAACUUGGGCCGGCCCACCGGCCAUGAUGAACAUGUUUCGCAAAAUGUUUGGCUCCCAUUCCUGUCCGACCAUCAUUCGUCAGAAUAACUUCACUAACUUUCAGCACUACUUCAUCCUUAAGGCCAUGCCAGUUGCCAUGGCACAACUCAGAGAUGUUCACGGCGUUUGCAUUCCUGAUGUACUGCGAUUCCUCCUGGACCUGUUUAAGUACAAUGACAAUACCAAGAACAAGUUUUCCGACAACUACUACAGGGCAGCCCUCGUUGAAGCACUGGCCAACACCAUCACCCCUGCUGCUGCAACAACAGUGUCUCUCCUCACUGGGCAGCAUGUUAGUUCAGAGACACUGUCAGGUGAUGCGAAGCAUUUGGAAGAGAUUACACGUUGCCUCAACCUAGAAAAACUGUUGCCUUGCUACCGCUUCACUGUGACUGUCAGCUGUUUGCGAGCAAUUCGCACAUUUCAACGCUUUGGCCAUCUCCCAAGUGAAGCUAAAAUAUUUCGUCAGUAUGCACAACAUGGAGUUUUCAGAGAUGUGCGACUUGCAGCCCUAGAUUGCUUGGUGGAUGUUAUUCGAACCGAGAGCAGUGAGGAGCAGCUGGACUUUGUUCUUCAUAUUGUGGAAAAUGACCCAGACCACUAUGUCAGGUAUCGUCUUUUGCGUAUGCUGAUAGCCAACCCACCAUUCAAAAAGCUUGAUUUGACCCCAAAUCCUCUAAACACUGAAGGACUGGUGGAAAGGCUGUGGAAGAUAAUGAAUUGUGCCCUGUCUUAUGACAGUCGUUUGAGAUGUGCAGUGACAGACCUGUAAUGUCUGUAUGGACGUAUUCGACCUUCUUGUCUGCCUAUACCAGAGAGUGUUCUUGUGUUGAACAUUAAAGAAAAGAGGACGAAAUUGAACCCAGCCAUUCAUCAUGGUCUGGAUCUGGAGCAGGAGGUUAUUGACAAGGAUGAAGGAGAGGCAGGUACAAGUCAACCUGUCUCUGUCAACCUGAGUCAGGAAGAAGGGGAGAUUGUGGAGUCGAUGGUGGAGGUAGACUUUAUCACGGAACCUCCAGACCUUCAGCAGGAAGUGUGGAAGAGUUCUGGCAUGAAACAUCCCCUGAUUCUCCUCUUCCUGUCAGUUCAGAGGUGGUUCUGUCCUCGGACAACAGCAGAGCAUGCUUCUGCAGGUUCCGCUCCCUAUGCACCUCCUGUGAUGAGCACACCAUCAUUGAUGCAGCAGCCACCUGUUUCAAUGAUGGAAAAACUUCAAGACAGUAUUAGUCGAUUGAGUGAUGAAUCUGGCGAUGAAGCUCCACCUUUGAAACACUCAGGUUCUCUGCACACUACCUCAGCUGCAUCGAGUGGAUUCUUCACAUCUUUCUCUCAGUCAUCACAUUCUCUCGCUCACUUAAGCAAAGACCAAGCAACCUCAUCCUCAACUUCCUUGACUAUAGAAUCAUCUGGAAAAUCCCACAAGGCCAAGAAGAAAAAGAAGAAGAACAAACAUAAGCACAAGCAUAAGCACAAGCAUGAACGAGGAGACAGAGACCAUCACAGUGAGAGACGAGACAGAGACCACCAUAGCGAGAAACGAGAGAAAGGCAGAGAGAGGGACAGAACAGGGAUGCUGACAAGCGUCGGGGGAGGGAAGGGUCAGCUGGGUUAUUUUUAGGUGGGAAUGAGGACAGAAGGAGGGAAGGGGUAGGACAAAGGGAGGAGGAGCGAGACUUCGGGGGUGGAGUUAGCUUUGACAUGUUCAGUUCUGGGGGCAGCAACAACACCUCCCCAGUGCACAUCUCAUUUGCAGAUGAACCCAGCUCCUCAGAGUUUGAAGUGGUGUAAGCGUGAAGUUGGGAGCAGGGGAUUAAAUUAGGUAUCAGCUAUUACUUUUCCAUAAAGUUUGUGGUUGCUGUCAGGGACUGAAAAGCCUAGUCUUCAUUGUAAGAACCUCUGCUUCUGCUUGUAGAUUGUUUGGAAGGUGAGUGCUUCUACAUCUGGAAGAGGAAAGAGAGAGCGAUAUCCAGAGAAAGCAAGCGCUGUUGGAGUGCAAGGGACAGUUGAUAGAGGUUCGUGUAUGCAUGUUUGUGUUGCAAAAUGCUUUGACAGGGAAUGGGAAACUGCCUUGUACAGAGUAACAUAGAUACAUCUUUGAACACAGCUAGAAUGCCAAGACUACUGUUGCCACUUCAGUUUGGCUUCAGCAAAAAGCCUUCUUGUGUGGGUAGGCGUUAGUUUAAAUAAAUUUCAUUUAAAAAUUGACAUGUUAGUCACCAGGAUAUACCUACAGGGUUUUUUCUUUUAACUCAAGAAAAGAAAUGGUCAUUUAACUCAUUUCAGGUGAAAUAUUAGGUGUGACUUUUCUCUGUGCAUGGGACAAAAAUGUUAGUAAGCAUCUGUUUGCGGUUGUGUACAUAAAAGUGUGCAAGUAAAGAUUGUGAAUUUCAAUAAAAUUCUCCACCUCAUUGCUCUAACA